AUGUCUCAAAUCGACGAAUCAACCCGCAGAGAGCUAGACGGUUUCUUGCAACUAGAGGACCAGAAGGCACGUUUCCACAGCAUGGUUCACGAGUUCACGGACAAGUGCUUCGAUAGAUGUAUUGGUACACCUGGAAAUUCUCUUUCCAGCAAAGAGUCUGCCUGCCUGGGCAACUGUGUAGAGCGAUUCCUAGACACCACCUUCUUCAUUGUCAACCGCUUGGAGGCCAUUAAGCAGUAA